UGCCUUCUUUGCUCUCGACUCUCGCGCAAGCCUGUCGCACCAUCCCCUCGCACUUUCUCCAGCUUCCACCGACCGUCAAGAUGAUUGUCCCCAUCCGUUGCUUCUCCUGCGGCAAGGUCACGGGCGACCUCUGGGAGCGCUACAUGGGCAUGCUGAACGAAGGCAGUUCUGACGUCGACGCCCUCGACGCCCUCGGCCUCACGCGCUACUGCUGCCGCCGCAUGAUCCUCACCCACGUCGACCUGAUCGAGAAGCUCCUCAAAUACAACGCCAGCGAACGGGAACAGGCACGCGCCGCCCGAGGUGGGCGGUGAGAAACACAGACCUUGAAGUCUUGAAAUUGCUCAGAGAGGAACAUGGGCUGAAUAAUCGGAGUUUGUGACGGCAUUUGCGUGGGCGUUUUUGGGGCACGAACUUGUGCGCGUUAGGGACGGGACGUUCAGCUAACCGCGGUUUUGGUAUUGUUGGACAUUGCGAAGAAUGAUAUUCUGUCGAGUCCAGACUGCGUCCAGUGUGUCUGCCAAUGUCAAGAGGUUUUUGAAUUCGAGGACAUUGAUAUUUCUUCUAGGCUUCGAAGAGAAAUACGACAUAUAAAUCCUGGACCCUGACCUGGCAAAGAAACCACGCGAAACAUUUAUUACAUUCAAGCACACAGUUACCAAC